AUGCAACUACUUUGGCUUCUAAUCUCUAAUUUGUUUCUCCUGGUUAUAUUGGCAGCUCCUGCUACUGAAUACAAGGUAGAAAGAGGUUUCCUCCCAACUCAGCCUUCUAAAGAUCCCUUCUAUUCUCCUCCACCUGGGUUUGAAUCGCAGCCUUUGGGUGCAAUUUUGAAGAGCCGGAAACAAGACCACACUUUUGGGGUUGUUGUGAUUCCAGAAAAGAUUGAAGGAGCUUACCAAUACUUAGUCCGCUCGGAAGAUAGUUUUGGAAAUCCUAUUGCCGCAGCUGCUACCCUAUUUAUUCCAAAGAAUGCUGACCCAAAUAAGUUAUUAUCUUAUCAAGCAGCUGAAGAUGCAUCGAAUAUUGACUGUUCUCCAUCGUAUGCUUUGCAAUUAGGCGCAAACCCUGACACCAUUGUGACAACACAGAUUGAACAAUUAUUGGUUCAAGGUGGAUUGAAUCAAGGUUGGUAUGUUGUGGUGCCAGAUCAUGAAGGGCCAAAAUCUACCUUUGUUGCUGCACAUUCUGCAGGUAAAAUUGUUUUGAAUGCGAUUAGGGCUGUUCUUCAAACUGGUAAUACUACUGGACUCAGUAGUAACCCAAGAAUUGCACUUUGGGGAUAUUCUGGUGGAUCUUUGGGGACAGAGUGGGGUGCUAUGUAUCGUAAAUCAUAUGCGCCCGAGCUUAAUAUUGUUGGAGCAGCUCUUGGUGGUAUCAUUGCUGAUAUUGACCAUGUCGCUAGAUAUAAUCUUGGAACACUCUUUGCCGGUUUUGUUAUUACAGCAAUUAAUGGAUUAUCGCAUGAGUAUCCUGCUUUGAAUGAUUAUAUCAACAAAAAUGUGUUCCCAUCCCAGCUCGACUAUUUUAGAAAGUCAGAUACAGUCUGCUUAUUAGGGGAUCUUUUGUCUUACCCAUUUGUUAAACUUGAGCAAUUUGUUUCUAUUGGAAUUAAGGCAUUAGAUAACCCUAUUGUCAAAAAUGUCACAUCUUCAAACAACGCAUUAUUAAGUGACCUUGUCCCAGACAUACCAUUACUUUUUUACACUUCAAGCAAAGAUGAAAUUAUUCCAGCUUCUGAUACUGAUAAAUUGUAUGACAAAUGGUGUGCUGCAGGAGUUCCAAUUUCAUAUCGUCAAGAUGAGAUUGGUGGUCAUAUCACGCAAAUGGUUUUAGGAGCUGGAUAUGCAUUUGAGUUUGUCAAGGCUAGAUUAAACGGUACUCCAGCACCUCAAGGAUGUAAUAAGGUUGUUCAUAUUUCCAAUGUUUUUUCCGUUACUGAUUUGGAAGGGUUAGGAAGUGUAAUCGCUGCUGCCAUUAAAACUUUAUUUUUGCAACCUCUUGGUCCAUUUUGGAUGCAAUAAGUUUUGCACAAGUAUAGUGGUUGAACCCUUUUUCGAAUACGAAUACCUUAUUCUAAAUACCUAGAUUUCGAAAACUUCCCCACUGUUAAAAUAGAUGUAAAAUUAAACCACCUGAAUUUUUAAAGGUUGUGCCUAAGUGCAACAGUGGUUGCAAAUUAUUUUUGUCUCCACAUUGUAUGAAAUAAGCUUAAUUAUGGUUUCAUUGGCACGUGUAGAGUGAUUAGAGUGCAUUUUGCUUGCGCAACAAAUUGAAAAUAUCAAAUAGUGUAAUUGAAAAUCUCUUACAAACUCCGCGGGGAAUUCAUUAAAACUAGGAAAAGUAUGUUUAUUCUUCAAUGUAACGACGAACUGUUGCAAUGUUACAAAGUUUGCAUUCUUCUUUUAUUUGCAAUAUUAAUAAGUAAAUAAUGUAAUCAAUAUUGCUCUCAGGUCUAUAUUGUGACGAAAAUAUAAGUCGAUUUGCGUGCAUUUGAAAGUAUACAAUCAAUCAAUCAAUUAGCAUAA